AUCCCUUAAACACUACCUCCUCACACUUGACCUUAUCAAUACCGUUCGCCCAGAUAUCAUUACUACAGUAAAACAAACCAUCCUCACUCGCCUCUUUGUCGUAACAUCUCACUACAUCCACACUUGCACCACCUUUCAGAUAACACCAUGAACAAUCAAGAAAGAAUGGGAAGCUCAUCGCCCCAAGCCAUCAAGCUACAGAUGGACCAGAGUGCUAUUGAUUCCAGCGCUGGUAGCCCCCCAGCCUUAUCGUCAUCGCCGUCUGACAGACGUGCAAGCACCGAUGAAUGGGAUGCUUCGAAGGUCCCCCCGAGCCGUUUCCAGAAACGCAAGGGUUCAAUUUACGCAACACCCGGCUCCCGGGAUGGUCACGUCGACCGAAACUAUGCCAGUGGCUUCCACGAGAAACACACAGAGAAAGGUUACGGAAAGGCCGAUGCCAAGCACUGAGACCCUAGCCAUUGAUUGAAGUCACUAGUUGGCGGUUGCAGCUGCGAAGUCCGCAAGGAUUGUUGUUGAUAUGUGUACACGACCCCCCAGUAUCAUUUAUUGUCUCGUUUCGGCAACCCGUUGUCUGCAGCGAGCAUUACCACGCUGCACACGCUGCACACGCUGCACACGCUGCAACAACGCUGCCUUGUAUUUUGUCUAGCAAUCAAUGCCAAGUUGCAAGUUGCUAUCACUCGUCCGCAUCAUCAAUAUCGAUGGCAUCGGGGUUGGCUGCUGCAGUGUCGUCGUC